AACACAAAACAAGACAAGUUAAAAGAAAGUAAAAGUUAAGAGACAGUGACGUAACGGAGUUCAUUUAAAAAACUGACAUUUUUGGGAACCUGCCUCUAUUUCUUUCAUUUUAGAUUUAAAAGCAGUAAGUGGUGUCAGUUCUUUGAGUUUUAAAUCAUUCUGCAACAUAUUCCAUGAUAUGACAUAUACAUUCCCAUGUUUUACAGGACAUCAGGUCUUAUCUCAAUUAGCAAAUAGCUAAUGGGUUGUUAGUUGUUGUUUUUACCCUGAAUUCACUAAGUGCUACUACUAGAUUAACAUCUGAAUGGCCCAUUAGAUUAUAACUGAUCUCACUCAGGUUUGUGUAUUGGGCUUGUGUAUUCUACUAACUACAGUCGUAAUAUAACCACAGCAUGGCCUCAGGUAAAAAGCAGAGUAAAGGCAUGCCCGCAAGGAGGAGAAUAAUGACUGACCCUAAAUUGGGCAUUGUAAUUUAACCUGCAGGAGAAAUGCAGGGAUUCAGUUUUCUUUUUUACUGAACUUAAAGCCCCAAGUUAAGACUGUUAACAGUGACAUUUAGUGAAUUAUGUGCAUACAAGGGGCAUUAGAGAAGGUGAAGAGGCAGUGAAGUCCAAAUAAGGUCAGUUGCUUGUCAAAUGACUUAAUGUAAACAGCUGAUGAUGACAAACAAUGGAGAACAUUAUUCCAUCACAGCCUAACAUUCCUUUUCCCCCUCUGAAUUAAGCAUUUGUUUUAAAACGUUUGUUUACAUGCUGCAUUUCUGUGGAUAGCUAUGCAGCCCCUACACCACAGUACACACUCUCUUACUCUCUACUGAAAAUGAUCUGUUUGUAGUGGAAGAGAAUCCCCUCUUUUAUUUUCUAAGUGAGCAGUCAGGAAACUUGCAAACCAACAAUGGCGGUGUACCCCUCUGACGCAAUGGCAUGGCUGUGUUUUGAUAUGAGAAGCAUGGUCACUGACAGUGUAGAGUCAACGCGAGUGCUGAAGCACACGCGUUCUCCAUAGUACUCAUAAAGUAUGUUGUUACUACACGAGAUCAGGUGAUUCAUGCUUUUGUGUGUGUGUCUGUUGAUCCCAUUGACCAUUCAUUAUGUGAAGACACUGUGUAAUGUCUCAUGUGAAAAACUAGUAUUUUUUGAUUGUUUUUAUUUAGCUAACAAGUAGAAUAAAAAAUAAAAAGGUACAGCUGGAAUUAGCCAACAACAAGACAGUUCUGUAUCUUGUGUAUCGACUGGUUUAUUUGUGAUAGCUUGUUGUUAAACAUCACAUUCCACAAUUAUCAAAUUCAUAGUUUGGAUGGAUUGCAUCUAACCCAGUUCAUUGCUUGCCACUGAAAGCACAUUAUUAAUGGUUGUCACGGUGUGGUUGUACAAUUUGUGUUCCCCUUUGUGUACACAGGGUUUACAAAUGCUAAUCCUGACCUACAUAACAAUGACACAUUCUAAAAUUGAGAAAUAAAAGCCCAAAAUCUUACUGGAGGUGUUUCCACGAGCUUCUGCAUGGCUGCUGUUACAUCAGCAGCUGAAAAGGCAGCAGAACAUUAAUGGGCUUAUAGGGGGGCUGGGUGGGGGAAGGGCCCGAUAGAUCAAUCACAUGCACAUAGCUUCUCUCAUCUAUCCGCACCUACAGAUAAAGCAGUGUGGUGGGAUUGCUCCUUCGUCAUGGCCGUAAGUCCCCUUUAUGUCACUCCCAGGGCAGAGACAAUAUCACCUUUGGGAAGAAUGUCCAGUUGCCAUAGCGUUCCAAAACAAUGCUGUCCACUUACAAUACCCCAGCCCUUACCCAAGCCCUCACCUCUGACCCUGCUCUGUCCAGCCCACGCAUCGCAUUUCCACCCAGGGGCUGUUGCACAAAUGACACAGAGAAGCAAGCCCAGUGGCAGGUUAGACAUUUUAUAUUGCACUACCUGCAUGCUAGUCAUAUAGCUUGGACUGCUUUUCAACAAAAUGGCGAGAUACUGAGUGUUGUAUUGAUUUCUGCAGUAUUGAUUUCCCUCUUGUCUGCUAUUGGGGGUUGUUUUUCUAUUGAGAGCAAGAGAGAAGCAACAACCGGCAAUCAAGUGCUGGAAUCUCAGUGCCGUAGUCGCUCAUUUACACACGGUUCUAAACAGAAUUAGUCACCCAAUAUGCACAGUUGUGAGAAUUUUCUUAUUGAUGAAAGCAAAGUAGGACGAUUAAGAUGAGGUUGAAUAAGCUCAUACAUCCAUGUGGCGUUUUGAUAGAGAAAGUUGAACUGCAUGCCAUAUGCCACGUUAUUUAGGAUGAAUUGUUUGAGUUUUGGUAUUUAUUGGAAGUUUACCCAUACUUAUUGAUCAGUUCUGAAGCCUGCUGAAUGUAAUGAAAUGUCUACCCUGACUCACUUCUCUAUGUCUGGACUUACUGCGAAACACAUCAUAGGUUGGAGAGUGAUGUGCCCAUCUUCUCUGAAAAUGAAUCAAAAGAAUGAACUGAAGCCAAAUCACAAAACAAUAUGUCAGUUUUCAAUAGCAGAUCAUAACACCAGAUCCAUCCCAACCCCCGCCAAGAAUCGUGGCUUUCCGUCCUAUGAAGGCCCAACUUCGCUCAAGAGCCUUGAAUGUGAUCAUGGCCUGCGACUGGUUUAUUGGUCAUCACUGGAAUUGUGCAAUAGUAAUCGUGUUUUUACGAGCCUGAUAUAAACAUGUUAUCAGUAAUUGCCACACCUGAUACAUUGUGAAUCCCAAAUAGGACUCGUGGCCUUCUUUUUCCACGAGGCCGCGCAGCGUUAGCCGGGCUGGGGCGUAAUUAUGGAGUGUGAGUGAUAAGGCUCUGUUUGAGUGGCACAGGGCCAUAGGGAGUGUUGCUGGCGCUGUCAGCGUGUAUCGAUGUCAGGGUUUACCUCAGGGGUGAGACAGCGAGGGCAGUGACUCAAAAGCUUCCUCCACGUGAGCCCACGCACAUGGCCGCUCUGUUUACAAACACUAUCCCGGCAUUCCGCACGGAGAGACACAAGUGAGAUCUUACGUAAUCGCUCCAAAGCGAAUAGCAUCCCUUCCCGCCUCUCCGACGGUUGGACAAUAUUCUUGAAUGCUGCUAUCGCCGGUCCCGCUACAAGAAGUUGAGAAUAAUGAAAGGAAAUCAAGAGCUCCAGUCACAACAGCGUAUGUGCUCGAGAACAGCAAGACGGAGAGCAGGCCUUUUCUUAUGUUGAUGAUGGUCUGACGGCGCAUUGCUCCUGCGCAGGCGAAGGCCUAAAUAUUGACAGGUCAGGAAAAAAAACUGGCUGUAAACUUUUCUGUCAAACUUCCUUUACGAUUGCAGCUUUGGGUCAUUUAAACAAAAUGGCAAUAUUUGCCAAAGGUUUCAUGGGUGAAAAACCAGCAUGUGCACAGAUGUAAAGGCACAUUUGAGUCCACAGUGGUGCUUUUCAUUGCACUGCACAGUUUAAUAUAAAUGAUUUAUUGUUAUUUGUAAGUCAACAUGAAAAUAUGCAGAAAAAAACGUUGGUGUUUCUGUAUCGGAGAAUGAGACGUGCCUCUUUGCCAGCCAAGAUGUGGCUUUUCAAACAUUAGGCGUAGCUAUUUGUGCAGAAGUAAACCUGCACACAUGCAGUCAACAUGCUUUACAGAUCUUGAAAAGGCACCUAACGUCAUGCUAGGAUCUUACCCUUAAUGGGACUCUUGUGUCAGAAUGUAUAGCGGUCAAAUCUGUGACAAUGAGGAGGCUUUGUCACACGUCUAAUCCUGAAAGGUUCAUCAGAAACAAAGACCAAAAGAGGGAACUCUUUUCGUGUAUAGUUUGUCACAAUGCAUCCUCUGUUAAAAUUGGCAGAACAAUAUCUGAAAACAAUUAAUAACAAAUGCCCCUGUCUCGGUCGAAACGCCGUCAUCAUAGCGCAUCUCCGAGGGGUUCCAAUGGCGAUCUAAACAACUGCUUCUGAUGGCUGUUAACCCCUCUUCUAAAAUGGCUGUCAGAUAUGUACGGUUUCACUGCUCGGAGCUGUCAUUGAAAAGGUUAGGCCCUGUGGCCCCCUGUUGUCUGAGCAAGGAGUACAAAGACAGACAGCUGGUCCUGAAUGUCAUUUAGGAGCGUAACCCUCCUAAAGGCUCUGAAUGACAUCACUACCUACUUUUGAGGGCUUCAACUGGCUCACGCUCAAUAUUAGGUUUCCUAAGUGGAAUGUACGAGUGCAGCAGCUGGUGCUCAAUGACGAUCAGACCGGCUUGCAUCCAUAUAUGUAUUUAUAUUGGGAACGUUUCAAAGACUGAUUUUAGCUUUGGGUCUGAAUGGAUAGAAACUUCCCAAAUAAGAGUCUUCCCGAUGUGGGAGGCACAAACACAGGCAGGAAACCACUAAACUGCAUGGCAGAACAUGAUUGAUGACUCCUGAAGCUCACACAUAUUUUGCCUUUAAGUGAACGCUAAAACAACACACAGACUAUGUUUAAGAGCUCGUUAAUUAUUGUUUAUAAUCUCUGUACUUCCUUCUGAGUUGUCAGAAAUGCAGUAAAGUGUUACUACAUUCUUACACUGAAGCCAUGAUUCACAGAAAAUACCCCUCUCUCUCUCUCUCUCAGAAGGAUUUGUGAUUUCUAUUCAAUGAGAGUCACGUGCCUCCUACUCAGUGGAGGGAAAGAGGGAGCUUAGCAACAGUGGUUGAGGUCUGGCUGCUUAAAAACCCACAGGGGAAAGAAUAUCUCUACAUUUGCUUUCCAGAUGACGAAUGAGACCGAGCAAAUCAUUUUUUUGUUCAAAGUUGUUCUGUGCAUGACAACAACAUAUUUCACGUUUAGCAAUAGCAAGUUUAUUUCUAUAGCACAUUUCAUACACAGGUGCAAUUUGGCAUGCUUUACAUAAAUAAAAGCUAAAAGGGUUAUAAUAUGAUGAAAAGAAAAUAUAGAGCACAUAAAAUAGUAAUCAAACAGAGAGUUGUAUUAUUAUAAAAAGUACAAAGUAAAAAGUACAUAAAAUAGAAUAAAAACGUGGUGUAAAAACAUAGUAGAAGUAAUCUCUACUGUGUGUAAAUGUUUUUUGGUACACCCGAUAGAGAACCAUAGAGCAAAAGCCCCUCAAUUGAGCUUAGCCAUAAGCCCAAGACGUCACUUCCCGUUUGAUAAAUACAAGGAGAAAGAGUUUUUGUUCAAAACAAACAACUAUUUAAAGCUCAGUCUUCCAAAAAUCUGAAAUCUGCCCUCGUAUUGAGUCCAUUUGGAAUUCCUCCACUGCCAUGUGCAUGUUUUAACUUCCUUCCUAUAAUAAUGUUUCCCUUUUGCUUUGUUUACUGUUCACCUCCGCUUCCUGUUUAAUUGGAAGCUGGUUUGGAUUUGGAUCAUGCAAACAGAGAGGAAAUAUUUGCUAAAUAUAUGUGCCUGUGAGCUAAUCACAUGCCAAGACUGGCAGGCUAGAGAGUGAAUUGAAGAUGGGACCUAGUGUUUGCUCAUUGCUUGGUUUUUGUGUAUGAGUUUUCCAUUUCACGCCCGGUUGCAAUGGAUGGGAGAAUGUAUGAGGAGGAAAAGGUCAAUAUGAAGUGUUCCUUGUCCUACCAUUUUAACGAAGAGCAACUACAACAUCUUUCGUGGUGAGUCUCUAAAAACAAAUGCUCGUAGCUCAAGAUAACACAAAGACUAUCUUGUUCUUAAAUGUCGGCUAACAAUGUUUCAGGUUUUAAAGCAAUGGAACAAGUGCAAAUGCAGGCUUCUGAAUAUGUGGCACUAUUGAUUUACUGGCAGGUUCAAUGCAAAAAGCACAUGUGCACAACCGCGGCAAAGCAGCCCAUUCUGCAGUGAGCCGUGCCGGGGUAAUGUUUAGACCAGAUGGGCUCUGGAGCGCUCGUAAGAUGGUCGCCAUGGCUACCGCACACUCUGAGAGAAAUUAACUUUGCUCUGUGCACAGUUCAUCAAGUUAGUCAGAUAAUAUUGACUGUUGCAUAGACAAAGGGUUAGAGGGGAGAAGAUACCGGCUGGUUGGAAGGAGUGGCAUUGUGAGGGGCUGGGGGCUGGGGGGGGUGCAGGUUAGUGGGAUUGUACGCUCAAAAGCCCACUUCUUAAUUAGAGUCUCCGUGUGAUGCAGCUUAAAGCCACAGAAGAAGGUUUAGACUCUGCGUGUGAGCUUUGCACAAUGCACUUGGUUUUGCCAGGGUUCUUUCUCAGGCCGGGCUGAUUAAACAGAGAGAAUGAAGACUAACAGGUUUAUGAAGUCAGACCUAAUGUCUAACUGAUGUGUACUAUCAGGAUUCACUUCUCUGUUAAACGGUCUAUGGUUGGCUCUGACAAAAAGGCACCGUUGCACUGAAAGGACUUUGGAGGAAACACUGAUGGUUUAUAGAUAUGAUCUGUGACACUGUGGCCUGUUAUUACCAGUUGUUUGUGAUGGUUUCAGUGUUAGCCAAAUUAUCAUUUUCUUGUGUUAUAAUAUAAAAAUGAGUUAAAUAAAUAUAGAAAAAUGUUCAGAAGAAGAGCAAUUUCAGCAGAUCAAACUGAUUUAAGUAGAUAAAGUGUAAACAUAUACUAGCUUGAUUUGUUUUUUCCUGCGAGUGUUUGCAGUUUUCCAAGAAAACCUGCUGAACAAGUUGUAUCAGAAACGUACAGAGGCGGGGUUUAUCCCUUACAACAACAACAACGGCGGUUGAGUUGCUCACCCCAAUGUCACGUUCAGAAACGUUUCUGUCACCUUUACCAUCAACAUGAGGCUCAAGCCUCCUUCAUAAUCACCAACUCAUCCGGUAUUGCUCAACACCACAAGCCACUAAAACAUGUGAUAUCCUCAAACUCAAUCAUAUUCAUAAUAUACCAAAAAUGUAUGUAUCAAUUUGUAUCAACGCCUUGAACUGCCUUCUCAAUUUGAAAGAAUCCCAAGAAUCUGAGGGAUUUGUCCAUUAGUGUAUAAGGGCUUUGGAUCCACUUUAUGGACCGUGCCUAGUUAAAACUGUCAACAGUUCAGCCAGUUCAGCCUCGCCCCUGAAAAAUAGACUCAACAAAACCGGUCGUUGAAAGGUUGCCACAAAUCACUGGCUCCUAUAUUCCUCAGACCUUGUGGGUCUUUACGAGUAAAUAUAUUUAAUUUGUCAUGUCCACUGCUUCCCGAGCCCACUGAACCCUGUACAACACUAUCAAACGAUCUGGGAUUAGUGUUGACAUUGAUCUUAAUUAUGGCUAUGAGCACUUGGUUAUAGCUUAUUAUCAUGGUGCCAGUUCAUCUUUCCCCUCUCUCUGUUUAUCUUUUUACCUUGAGGGAGCUCUACCAGUUAAGAACUGCACUUGUUAUGACUGUCCUGAUAAACAAUGUAUGACUCCAGUUCUGUCUUUGCUUCUAUUCGACUAUUUCAGCUUUACUCUCAAACUGCAUCAUUUUAGGUUCGUAAGUUCGUUUUAGUUUAGUCUUGAAGAAGUUAUAUAGUCUUCAGAGGAAAAGGUAAACAGCCCACACUUCAACCCUAGAGUUCCAGCAGUCAGCAUAUAGGUAUGAUGAUUCACCAAUUGACCCUUCGGCCAGCUCUGACCAGCCAGGGUCCGACAACUAACCGGCUCUGCUCCGUAGACUCUCGUUUAAUCAUUUCAUAUUUUCAGGCUGAUUUUGUGGAUUUCAAGAGAGUCAUGGUAAAACGUUAAAAUAAUGAGAGUGAUAUUUGUUACCUCGAGAGUUAUAGGAAGGGGUUAUACGUUUUUUAAAACGUUACGUUUGUACGUAGAAACCUGUGGAGCAUUAGCAGAGUAUGUAGCAGAGUAUGUAGCAUUAACGAGUAUUAACUAGCUACGCUAGCUAACGAAGGUACACCGAAUGUUUACAUGCUGCUUUUGCUUUUUAAUGAUUUUAACAGUAAGUAAAUGCGUAUCCGGCCUUACAGGAACGGUGUUGUUCCCUAAUUUCAGUGUCUUCUGUCUCGAUCACCAGGUGAUGUGUUGGUUCACUUUUCCCCGGGAUUAGUAGGCUUUAGCUUAACCUUAAUCUUUCUAACCUGUUUUCACUGCUCAAUCAGUUUGACAGCCUGGAUAUACUCUAUAUAUGUAUAUAUUUCUGCAUUUCAAACACAUAUUCAAGACCCCUCUGUCUGCUUCAUUCUGAAAUGACCUUUUCCUUUUUUUUUUAAAGUUUUUCCAAAGAUUAGAUGACAUUUAUUCAGGGAGUGCAGUUAGUGACAGUGUGGGCUCCAUAGUAGCUCUGACAGAUUGACGGAGUAGCGGCUGAUCCAAAGUCAGAAUUCUCAAAUAUUAAAUAUUUGUAGAUUCUGCUGUCCUCAGCAGAAAGAUGAAUUUACGAAUGGAUUUACAUUCCUCUCAAGAUCGUGUGCACACUCACAACAUAAUACAAAUUGUACUCUUGAAUGGAGGCUUUAGAUUUCCACAACAGCCUGUUGUACACUUUAUAACCAUAGAAAUUAUAAUCAUUUCACAAAUCACAUUUAAUCCAUAUCCCCUCAAACUGAUAUCAAUAAGGCAUUUUUGCUUUCUUGGGUCCUCCAGUAUUAAUGGAAAACAAAUUAAUUGAAUAAAAUAAUGCUAAGAAGUGCACAUCAACUUAAUCAAAUAAUGCUAUAGUUCGAUGAAAUGUGUCACACUUCAGUAAGAGAAGGUAAUGAGACAUAAAACUGUUGAAGAACAGAGACUGCAGUGGGAAUGUCCACAAGUCGGCCACAUCUGUCUUGCAUUAGACAUAAAGAACAAUGCAGUUUGUACAGAUCCUUCUUCCUAAGGAGGGGGAGGAGGCUCUCUAGGGAAAAAAGUGCAAUCAAACCCCAAACACUUUGGAAAAGAUGGACUGCUAGAACAUUUAAAUGUAACCGCUACAUUGCGUCCCAUUGAGAUUUAAGGAGAUUUUCAUUGUGUAUGAAAUUGAAACAAAAAAUGAUUUGAUCUUUGGCAUUCCAUUUCUCUGCAAGCUGAUUGUACCUGCAGAGCUUCACCGUUUUCGGUCAACCAUGAAGGGAAAGGGAAGCAGAGAAGAGGGAAGGAAAGCAGAGAUCUGUUGCUUCAGGCUGUCAUGUGAUGCAGCCAUCUUUACGUCACAAUUUAGUGAUUAGGCCACAGUGAGCAUCAACAGGAAACAGCACUGCUCUACCUGACAGAACAACUAGAUGAGGUUGAACAGUGCUAAGUCAGAUUCCUCCUCGUGCAGCAUUGUUAUUAAUAAAAGCAACAUGAGUCACAUCACUAACUCAGAACCUCAAGCUUUUGCAUUCCUGGUAAUCACCCUCACAUGUGUCUGCAUCCCUUCAGUGAUCAAUACAAAAGAUUGCCACGUCUUAAAUCUAAAACAGAAGCUGUAUAUUCCCCAAACAUGAGACGGAUGGGUCGACCUCAAGGGAAAGCUUUCUGGUGCACAACCAUCUAAAAUAAUGCUGCGCCUUAAGAUUUCAGAUUGUCUUCCAGUGUUCAAGGAAAAGUUCAACAUUCUGGGAAAUAUGCCUUUUCGCUUAGUUGUUGACACUCUCAUGUCUGUACGGUAAAUAUGAGGCUAAAGCCAGCCGCGAGUCAGCUUAGCUGAGCACAAAGACUGGAAAACAGGGGGGGAGAAGUUAGCCCAGAGUCUUUUCAAAUCUCUAAUAGACACAAUAUUUCAUAUUUGUUUAAUCCAAAUAAAAAACAAAGUGCACAAAUGGUUGUGGUUUUACAGGGGGUUAUGUGCUGAACUAUUCUUUGCCUAGAGCUGUGACUUCCUGGAGUAGCUUUAUAUUUAUGGUUCAGGCAAGAGAGGGCUAUCAAUUUUGUGUAACGCUCAAGCAUGUAAGCACACAAGAAAAUCAAACUAUUCCUUUAAGGGAAAAGAUGUGUUCCUUUUGAUUUUACAAAUAAGGAAAUGUCGAGAUAGCACAGCUCUGGCCAGUGUGUGUGCUCUACUUUCAUGUCGUUUUUUUGUUCAGGAUUUCACUUUCAUGUUUCAUUUGUUUAGAUUUGUUUCUCUCUGUAGAUCAGAGUGUAGAGCCCACCUGUCCCUAAGGUUGCUCACGUGACAGAAUAGCAGCAAGAUUUAAGCUUCCAAAAAGAAAAUGAUCUGGCUAGCAUGUACAUUUGGAGGAUCGAAAAAAACUGACUGCACACACAGGGGGCUUUUGUUUCUUAGCCAGGGUGGAGAGUGUCAUAUGUUCAGACUGAUAGAACGAAAAAAAGAGAGAGAGAGAAGGCACGAGCAACCAUGUGAGAUGCAUUGUACGCGCUGCAUGAGCGCGCCAUGUGACAUAAAUUCCAAGUGUGACUUGCCUUGACUGAGAGACUCGGUGAGAUGUAGAACAUGAAUUAACAUCUGUCCUAUAGUAACAACAGUCAUUGACAACACAUGCUACUAGCGCUUCACUUCACAUUGUGCUUUAUGAGUUGGUGUGUUCUGACCUUCCAGACUUUUCCAGUCCUCCCCCUUCACUUUACCCAAAACUCUCUCCAGUGGAGGCAACUCCCCCAGUUCAUAUGCUAGCCAUAUGUCAUGAACUGACAUUGAAAAUGUCGACACAGAGGUCUUAAAGAAUAAUUAAACACUGCCUUAAAUCAGGCAAAUGUGUAUUGAGAGUCCUCUUGUCAACAGUUCUGUUUCAGGAUGUGUAUUGUCAGCAAAACCUGGACCCAUAAUAAUUAGGUCAAAGGCAUGUAGAGCUAGAUUAAAUAUUAAUCACUAAGAGAUUCUGAAAUGUUUUCGAGCCUACAUCUUUGCUGUUUACGCAGCCAGCUGGAAUGCGGAGUUGUGAAAAUGUUGUCAGAGGUCAUGAGGUUUGCGCAGCAGUGGGUCCGACUCUAUAUUUACGGGAGGGAUUUAAAACGCUGUAGAAUGCAAGUCAUCUGACCUAAUUACGCUGGUAGGAGUCGCUACAGAUGAGGUUUCACUUGCAGCUCCGCUGGGUGCAGUCUGAACUCAAGUCUGUCGGCAUAUACAGCCAUUAAAGUGUUUCUACGUUUUGACAUGGAAUAUCCAUUACCAAACAUGCAUGUUAUAAACAAAAGACUUAGUUUUAUCUCCAUUUUCUUUUCUCCAUUUAAUGAUUUGUCUUCAUGUUUGGUUAAGUAAGAAGUGUUUAAAUGUUUAAAGUAUUAGAAUGACAUAUUUCUGUAUAAAUGACGUGACAAUAGAGGCCUAAGAACUUUCAAAAUCAUCACACCAAUAGCAGUAAGUUUUGAUGCUUUCAAAUGCAACUCAAUUAAAGUCUGAGUCAUAUGAAACAAAUAUCAAGACUGGAUUUCAGUUUGUAUUAUCAGUACUCUAUCAAUACUGUCAGCUGUGUUUUUAAAUGAAAGCAAUGUUUCUACUUAUGGUUAUUAAAAGAGGUAGCAAUACUGUGGGUACGCUGACUAAAUGAAUAGCAAAGUUGCUAAGAGUAGUAAGCAAUAGUUCAUAUAGUUCAUAUAUACAAGUUGAUCGUAAACUGUUAACAAAUUCAGUUGGUUCAAUAUUAAAUUGUUGUAGUUACAGCAUUAGCAUUAAGUUACAGUUGGUUACAGUUGUAAUAUGUAGUCAGGUGAUAUUAUGAAUAUGAUCAUUGGCACACUUUGUUAUGACUCAGUUCAUGAGUCAUGUGGGUUUAAUCUUUUCAAAAACGUGCUCUGAAAAUUUAUAGUCUCGGGACUGGAUGCAUGCUCCACCUUCUUAUCUAUCAAACAGGAAGAUGUGAAUGGGCCCAAAUCAGCAAAGAAACGGAAAUAUACACUUGAGAUUAUGGCUUAUUCUUGGGACUAUUCUGCAAAACAGCGGUGUGGCUUGGCAAGUGUGUUUGAUUUACACACCACCGCUCUCUCUCUCGCUCUACAACAGCAGGACUCUUUAGGCCUAGCUGCCUAGGUCUCAACCUGAAAGUGCAGAGACCUGAGUUUCCCAGCAGCUGUCGUUAGUGGUGAAUGUCACAUACGGCUGCCAAGUCACGCCAAAUAGACCCCAUCUACUAUGGCAGCUCUCAUAUUUCACUGGCUGCCUCUGGGAAUAACAAAAACACGCUGCGAGUCCGGUGCAUUUAAGUUUGCUACAACUAGUGUUGUGAAGACCAAGCUUCGGGAAAUAGGACUAAAUAUCCAUAAUACAUAUGAUUUGUAGCUCAAUUUAUAUAUUCUAAUUUUGUUGAAAAUAUGAUCUUUUAGCAACUUGAUGGACAAACAGAAACAAGUUGCAUUUUGUAAAGAAAAGCAAUAUUAAAAACAAACUUAAUUGUUAAAAUAAGGCUCUACUGUUAUGUGCAUGAACUGCCCCCCUUAUGACUUUUGUGCAAACUGUGCCCAUUGUUUUACAACACUGGUCACACUGUGUCCAAAAGGUCCACCCUUGCCCCUAGACCUCAAAGUACUAAAGCAACUCACCAUCUAUAAAUGCCAGCAAAUACAUAGCUACAGAGGCAAUGGGCAAUGACUAGAGCAGUGCCGAGUGGCCAUGCACGUUCAUCACUGCACAGACGAUAGACUGAACAGGAGGGAAGUACAGCAGACAGAAGUACAGAGGAACCUGAAGUGUAAUUACAGGGCAGAGGACUGGAGGUGAGGCUGUUGGAGAAGCCAAACAACAGCGUAUAGAGACAAAGAAAUUAACUUUUGGAGGGAAAGAAAGCUUUGUUGGGAAUCCAGUUCAAGUCAUGCAAGCUGAGUCAUAUCAUAAAGAAAACGGAUAUUCUGGUGGACAUUAGCUACUAGAAAGACAACCAGAAUAGAUCAAAGCAUUAUAACCUCCAGCAGGCAUCCACACGAAAGCCACUGAGAGGCACUGCCUCUGGUUUAGAUUAGUGCUCUACUUCCGGAGCAAAAAUAGAUCUCCUUGUGAAUCCCGUCUUGUGAAUAAUAAAGAGGAUGCAGCCAAUACUCCAAAUAUCUUAAAGCAAGCAGUCAAAGUUGGACUUUCAACAUUGUGUAAUUGGUGUAUGUGUGUGUUUAUAUGUUCGUACGUUGACAGGCAGCACACACUCAGCUGGGAUCUCUUGCUUUGUUCUGGGUUUGCAAAGAUUUUUUUUUGUUGUCGGUGUGGGUGUAUCCAACUGUGACAAGCUGCUUGGCUCCGUUCGGUCCUUUGUAAAUCCCGGAGUGUCCCUCAGGAAUGGAGCUGCUCUGAAAGCAGCUAAGCGCCCGUGUUCACCUCUUGACUUAGUUACUGAUUGGCAGACUGCACCGAGGGCCAGACAAAACAAAGGAGUAGUCACAUGGGCUCGGGAAGUGGUAUUCACCCGCUUACCUCAUUGUUACUUUUGCCGGGAUCAGAUGCUUUAUAUCUGAAAGCGUUCGGAGAGGUGGGAGCAUUAGGUUACUCCUUUUAGCUCCUUUUUCCUCAAAAGACACUGACUUAAAUUGAUGUUCCCCCAAUGAGUGUUGAGUCUACUGCUAAUUGAGAGGUUUUAAUUUCCUAAUUUAAUUGUGAAUUUUGUUAUUUUCUGUAGAUGUUGAUAAUAUAUUGUACAUAACUCCAAGCAGCUGUAUUUUUAGUUAAAAUUGAAAUCAGAAUUACAAAUACAGGGGGAAAAUAUCAUGAAGUUCAUUCCAAAGUAAAGUCAUUUGCCACAUAGUAUUCAAGACUCAUACAUUAGCUUGCAACUCAGCAAUACUCAAUAGUUGAGUAUGACCAAUCGUAAUCACCACGUUUUUUCAUCCUCUUCAUUUAAUGCAAACAAGCAACACAAAAAAACCAAAGAUAUCCCAAACAGCACAUCAUAAAAUCAGCAGAUCUGCCACAGCAGAGAAUAUCCAAAUGUGAUGUCGUAUGAAUGAAGAUGCCUCCGCGAUGGAAAGACCAUGUUGCCAUUCAUUAAGCGGAGCCGUGUACGUUUCACAACUCCCACGUGGUGGGCUUCUCAAACUCGUUUGUCAAAAUAACACAUUUUGAUUUUAAUAACUUUUGACGUAAUCAUAAAGAGGCUCAGCGUCACUUCUGAUUACGAUGCUGGUGGUGAGGUCCCGCUGUGGCUCUUUACAUCCGUCUGUGUCUGACAGCAGCAAAAAGGGAGAUUAGCUCUGCAACUUGUUGCCCGAGACUCUUCCUCUUCAGGUUCCACUGCGGUCUGAAUAUAACUAAUGAGUUAUACCGUUUGCUGUUAGUGGAAUUAGUGUUACAUUGUCUUAUGCUACUUUACAUUUGAAUUACAUUGGCCCAGUUCUCAGAUGACAGUCUGAGAACAACAUUAAGAAAACUAAUUACAGCCUUUAAAGAAGGGAGCGUUUGGGGGCAUUUUUAAAUCAGACCUACUCCAAUACUGUAGUAAUACUUAUAACUAUUCAUCUGACUGAGUUCUAUUCAAGUGAUAAUGCAUGUAAAGAGCGAGUUGAUUUUGCAGUUUCUCUUUUAUUUUGAAUCGCAUGCACUUCUUGAUUUUUAUAGACUUCUCUAUUUUUCUGGUUUACGAAACCCUGACAAACCCUAUUGGAUAAUUUAGAAAAUGUGUUUUUUAGCAAGCUCACAACAGGGCCGUUUUUCUUUGGGAUGCAAGAUGUCCGGUCUCAACUCAACACACAUAAAAAGAUACCUUUCAGGUCCAUUGUCCCCAGCCAUUGACUUGAGGGCCGUCUUUGUUUUCAGCGUGCCGCUUCCCUUUUCUACCUGCUAACAGGCAGCUGGCUUGCUCUGUUGUGACAACCGUGGGAGCUUCCAGACACCCUUGUAACAGCUUGGCUCGUUAGUGGGAGAUUUAGCACACCAACUUUGGGGGUCUGGAGGGCUGCUAAUGUCCUGGAGGGGUGAUUGACACAGAGAAGGAUAUCAUUAUUUCGACCAGCUCGCCUGCCUGAGCAGAGCUCGGUCUGACAGUUUGUUGUGAAGGUUGUCUUGGUCCAGACGGUCGACUGGGCCACAAUUGCCACAGAGUGACAUUUUGUUUUGCCUCAUUCAUGGUUCACGUAACCAGUUUGGACAUUGUGGUUCAGGAAACAGAGGAACUGAACCUGAUAAUACUAAUUCUGAAAGUGCACGGUAUAUCUCAAGGUCUUGAAUCACAACUUUUUAAAAAAAGCAAUUGAAAUAUAUAUUUUGUUGUAAUAUCAACUUAUCCUCUAAAAUGAUUGUCAUCUGAUGCUGCAGGUGCUUCAUUUCAGGACCCUUAAAGAUACUUUCGCAAACUAGCCCGGUCUACAGUCACCCCAGAGAUAGAAUACUUUCAUAUGUGUAGCUGAACUUAUCAAAUAUAUAUUUUCUACCCAUCUGUACAGUCAAAUCUAAUUCAUGUUAGUCGUUUCCAUGAAUUGCAAAUCAUUACUGAAUGUUACAUUUGUUUAUAAUCAUUCUUGAAUAAAGCAAUGUACAUGAUCAAUAGAUCCUUUUUGAAAUGCCCAUGCAUGUUGUGGCUGAAAUGGAUACUGUACCUAUACAAACAUUUUUCAAAAAAGGUUAUCAGGCUUAAGAUAAAACAUGUCGUUUGAAGACGACAGCUCUUCUGCCAGAAUCGUAAGCAGCUGUAACCGCUUCCAGAUGUUAUAAUCGUGCCCGAUGAUGGAGCACGAUCAUGCCAAAUGAAACAUGCCAUAGUACCUCAAAUAUUUAGCUAUUUUUCCCCCCCAAACAUCAGUCAGUGCCUAUAGUGAGCCUAUAGUAUGUUUGCAUUAACAGGAGGGCCUUUGUGGGAAUCUAAAGCUGGAUCCAAUUAUGUUUUCAAAGGUUGCAUAGCAUAUUUCUCUGAACUUAACCAUAGCAGCCGGCAGUUGUGACCCGAGGCUUCAAAGCUCCAAGGACAUUAUUUACUUUAAGUACAUACAGAGUGUUUCUGUGACCUAAAUGUCUAAGAACAUAAAGCAGGAAGUCUUUUUAACCUACAAGAACCUAAAUUGUCUUGAUGAACACAUUUUGGUCCACUGCUGUUUAAUGGACACCAUGAUGUGCCAAACGUUUACAAAGAAAACAUUUGAAGCUGCCGCUACAUUUUUACCAAUCGACAUGAGAUGUGAAAAAUGAUCUGAGGGAUGACAGAAUGCUUCACCACAUGUAAAGAAGGAACUUUAAAAGGAUUUAACACCUCUAACGCCUGUCUACAUCAUUUGAUAUUAUUCAACCUGACAAAUGAGUUAUAUGAAUUUAGGCUUUAUAAAUGUAUUAGUAUAUUGUUAUUAUCUGUGUUGCAUUGUAAAAAUGUCUUGGAUGAGCUUAACUAUGGGCAGCAAAGUGAAAGUUAAGGCUGUUAAUGGCUAUUUAAUUACAUAUGUUGACUAUAAAAUAGAAGCUAUCGGAAUCAGACUACUGGUUUUCAUAUUAUAUUAUGUUCAAAAAGGACCAUAUACUUUUCAAACCUCGCCAAACGUUCCCAAUUCCUGCGAGUAUUCAUAGUUGAGGGGGAUUGUGGCUGUAGAAUGCUUGUGCGCAGGCGGACAAAACCUCAGGACACCAAUUAAAGUCAGGAAAAUGUAUUUUGUCUCGCCUUCGAUAUAUGUAGGAACAUAAUACACAAGGACAAGCAUGACUCGUUUAAAAAAGGUGGCUGUGUGUUUGAUAUUGCUCACCGCCGGCUAAAAAGAAAAUCUGUAUGAGUGCACGUCUCUUUUUUAAAGCUAGUAAAAGAAAGUCAAAACCAGGUUUCUUUGAUGCAAGUUUAACCGUGACAUUGAGGACAAACGGAAGUUUUGUGAUAUAUACUGUACAAGGACUGAACUCCCUCCAUCCCCAGCCAACCACGAAUCUACAGUACAAUCAGUUCUCCUUCAAGCUCUAAUGUUCAACACUCUUUUACUUAAACACUUAAAACUGAUUCUGGGCCCCUCUUGGUGCUCAUCAGCUGCCCAUUCCUUCAACAUCUGCAGGAGACUUGCUCAUAAUUAUGAUGGAUUAGACUAGGCUCUUUGUGCCUGUGCACUGCAAUUGUUUUGCAGAUGCUGCAGAUGUGACAUGCAUUAAUAAUUGAGGGAGGCAGACAGAAAUCAAUAUUCUACUGGAAUCACUGGAAUAUAGAUGCUUAAGGCAGAGAGAACGCAGGGUAAGCAAAAAUGAAACCAUAUGCUCUGUUUGCUGCUUAACCUUCUGAGGAGAUCUUAGUUUCCAUUCAUCAGUUUUAUUACUUUACUAAAUUACUUUGUCGCUAGACUUACAGAUCCCAAGGAAUACAAAUUAAAAGAUAGCUUCCCUCAACGUUUGGCCAAUUUAUGUUUAGACAAAAUGCUGCUCAGCUGAAACCAGACAUACAACUUAUUUAGAUUAACAGGUGAAGUAUUUAACAAAACUCUGAUUUUGAGGUUUUUACGUUUAUCCUGGGAAUCAGCUCCACCAAAAAUUGACAUUUUCUUAAAUCAGAGAGUUGAAAAAUCAUAAAGCAAAGAAGUUCAUCAGGAUGAUUAAGUUAGUCUGGGAAACAUUUGUGAGGGUAAGUUCAUAUUCUGAACUCAGUAUAACUCCACGGCACAAAGCUCACAAUUCUAUGGUCUAGCCCUGAUAACAAAGGCCUCAAACUGGAGAAUCGAGUUGUAUUUGCAUAUUUGACGCAGCAAUGUGUUCAGGGUUAGGAAUACCACAACUCAACAGCUGACGAGCAGCCAAGUCCUCCUCCCAUCUACCAUCUGGAACUUUAACCAUGCAUCCUACUACCUUCAAUCAACUAGACUUGUAUUUAGUUUAAUGUAUUCUGUCCUUUGAUAUUAUAACCAAUGACCCAAAUGCAAAGAGAAAGUGUUCUUUGUGAAAGUGAACUUAGGUCAGAAUCUCGAGAAAGGAUUCAGACACAUGCUAUUGUCUGAUGCAUGCCUGCAUGUCUGAAAAAAGCAAGAAGCUGCUGAUUCACAUGUUGACUACAGUGUUUUUUAUUUAUUUUCCCUCUGUUAAUUUAGCAUGUUCCUAGUGUUUCUAUUCUAAAAUAUUGCUAUUGUCUUAUGGAAGUAGACUCACAGUCCACUGUUAGCUGAAAUAGUCCUGUAAUGACCUCUAGUUUUAUUCUCUUUUCACUUUCUACUCACUAUCUGGUUUCUAGGUGAUUGGGGGAUGAGGUCAGGGUGAAUCUAAUUCUAUGACAGGAUCGUGUUGCAAGCUGAUACCAAUUUAGUGCCAAGUGUAAACACAUAACUCAACUGACCUUCCCCUCACUAAGGCCACAGUCAGGCUGAAGUUAGAUGUUUGUCAGAAGAGUCAAUUUGACCGAGUAAAGUUCCUACACAUAGGUUAAAAUUAAAUCAUGUGUUUGUUUUACAUAAGACAUAUUGUAUUUGAAAACAUAACCCUGCUUGAAUAAUGAUGUAACCAAAUAUUUCUCUCUUUAUGUGCCCUGCAGGACGGACAGAGGGCAGCCCUGUGGAUGGACCCUGAGCAGGCCAGAUGGAAACAGAACAAGCCAGACAUGAGGCGGAAGAAAAUCUGAUAUUAGCAAAAUCUGGCACAUCUCGCAACAUCUCUCACAAACUUCAGAAUGGAGGCCAGUCUUCAGAGGGAGAUUCUCUGCAGAGCCCUGGGGAUACAAGCUGGAACCAUUAUAAGGCCAGCGCAGGUGCUAACCCCAUGAAGAGGCACAGGGAGAAUCAAGGAUCCUACAUGAUGAAUGGAGAACUUAUGAAUGGAGAGUUGAAGCAUGCACUCACUGAGCAGUCCUUACUCACCCACCCGCCCAAGAAACUUAAAGUAGAAUCUGAGAUUAAAAGAAAUGACAACAUGAGCUCUAGUUUGGUGGAUAGCUUUCCUGAUCUGACAAAAGCAACUGAGUGUGAAAGCAAUACCCCACAGACAGAGCUUAAGUUAGACAAGAGGAACUGUGAUUUUCCUAAUGGAGAUUUUUUCUGUCUACCGAGGAAUAAACAUGUUUCAAAUGGUGCUUUAUCACCCCCCUCAACAAUAGAAAGCACUCCAGGUGAUCUUUUAGAGAAAACCCUGUCUCAGUAUUAUCCUGAGCAAGUGUCAAUCGCACCACAAACAUCUGGGCCACAUCUUGAUGUGGUCAAUGGUUCACUGGCAAAUAAGCUGCCAAGUGAAGGUGCUCAACCCCCAUCUUUAACCUCAGGAAUGCCCAAUUCAGCUCAGAUGCCUGACUUACAGCAACAGCAGCCUGGGGCAUCGGGCAAUGUUGAAGGAGGCAACAGUUAUAACUCUGUCAACUAUGUAGUGAAUGGAUACUCCAACAACUUUGAAGCAGACCACCAGCAGCAGCAACAACAACAUCAUCAUCAGCAGAGGCCACCAUCUUACUCUGGUCAGGAGCUGUCUCUAGGUCAGCUCCCUGGCAUGAUCCCACCAACAAGCACUGCCAAUAGCUCACAACAACAUCAAAAUGGCCCACGGUGCUAUCCAGAUGACACAAAUCCCCAAGGGAUAUAUGAGAAGGUCAACCAAGAGUUUAACCAGAACUCUUUUCUGGAGCACGACGCCCCUGUACAGGCAGCAGAGACAGGUGGAUAUGCAUCCUUUCCUAACUCUGGGUUACAGAAGAUGGGGCAAAGUGAAGAACCUAGGUCUGGUCAGCAUCAGCGCAUUGGCACUGACAGGGGCCACCAGUAUGUGAUUCAACCCCAGACCUUUAAACACAAUGCCGGGAACUCACGUGGCGCUGACAGUACGGGACCCAUGGGCCCCAGUCUCCAGCAGCCAAGUCAUGCUGCGUUAGAAAACGGGAUGGAGAACACGCCUCAGCAGAGAGCCAACUUAUCAUGUUCGACUCCCCACCAGAGAGGCUGGGUAGAGCUAAACUCUCCACAUUCCCAGCAGCAGACUGCUAACUCCCAGGUUCACUGCCAGAUGUUGGAGCCAAAUACCGGGCAAAGAUUCCAGACACAGGCAGGUUUCACAGAUAGCAGCCAGGGGUCUAACAGCUUCCAGCAGCAACAGCGGGACCGUCUCCCGGCCCAAACACACUGUGCUACAGCCCAGCACAACACUGCCCCUGAGUGGCAGGAAUCAAAUUCAAAAGCACCUCAAAUGCAGCAGCCUCUACACCAGAAAAUGCCCGAGCAGCGUAAUUUCCACCAAGAUCAGCAGGUAGACAGCCGCUAUCACACCCAGAUGCAGUCAGAGCAUUUAAGUGAAGACCCUGACCUGCAGGAUAUACUGUCACCUGGGUUUUUACCAACACAGCAACAACCACAGCACUGUCAUCUUCAACGUCCCCUGUCCCACCCACCACAAUUUGAAGGGCAGCAACUCAAGUCACCCGAUUACAGACCUCGCAGUCAGCCUCAGCCAGGUCAGCAGCAGCUUCAACCCAACCAGGCUCUUAGAAACAAUUCUGCUCAAUCCAACAACCAACAAAUCCAGCACAGCGACCAUGCAACAUUCAGUUACAAUAACACAACGGACAUGCAACAGCUUCAACAACAUCAAAGGCAGUUUCCACCUGACUCAGGCAGCAGUAACCUCAAGCAAUUUCAACCACAGCGGCCUAACAACCACUGCCACCAGCACAACCAUGCAGACUUCUCCCAGACCUCAACGCAGUCACAACCUCACUUACAAGGAGGCGUGUUGAACCAACCGAUGUAUCCUAAAGCUGAACAGCAGCUGAAGAUAUCAUGCCCUCAGUUCCAAAGGGGACCUCGACUACCUCUGGCACCUGCGGGUCCCCAUGGAGACUUUCAGAGGCAUGCAGCCCUGCGUAUGCACCUGCUACAAAGGCAGGAGCGCCAGGUCCCUCCUCAUCCCCUUCAGAGCACUAGUGACCCCACACAUGGCCUGAGAGCUGUGAAAAUGGAAAACGACCCCAGAUUUGAGUUGCCAUGUUCACAGCAGCAGGGGCAGCAGUUACAGAUGCGAGAGGUGGGAAUUGGUGGUGUGCAAAUCAAGCAGGAGAAUCAACCAUCCCUGUGUGAGCAAAGCAAGAGGUCGGGAAACAUCUUGGCCUUCAUGGAACAAAGCCUGAGGCAGUACCAGCUUUCACCUGUGUUUGAGAAGAAAUCCCUUAUCGUCAAUCCAGCAAAUAAAGUCAAGGUGGAAUAUUCUGGGCCUGUCACAAUCCUGUCAACCAACACUGACUUGAGUGGAGUUGAAUCAGCAGCAGCUGCCCCAGCCGCUGCAGCUCUAAAGAGACCACCUGAUUCCACCCCUAAGAAGGAACACCUCCUACAAAGCUUCAUGGACUCUCCUAUGAAGCUAUUGGAUACCCCGAUAAAGAACCUACUGGACACCCCCAUGAAAACACAAUAUGACAUUGCAUCCUGUCACUGUGUUGAACAAAUCAGUGAGAAGGAUGAAGGCCCAUACUACACUCACUUGGGGUCUGCGCCGAGUGUUGCCGGUAUUCGGGAGGGGAUGGAGAAAAGGUCUGGUCUAACUGGUCGCGCCAUCAGGAUUGAGAAAGUAGUAUACACCGGCAAGGAAGGAAAAAGUACACAAGGGUGCCCUAUUGCCAAAUGGGUGAUUCGUCGGUCAGGUGUAGAAGAAAAGCUACUGGUGUUGGUGCGGGAACGCACUGGUCACAAAUGCGAGACAGCCUGCAUCAUUGUAGUAAUCCUGGUCUGGGAGGGCGUCCUGCCCAGUGUAGCUGACCGCCUCUACCUCGAGCUAAGUGAGACUCUAACAAAGCAUGGAGCCCUCACCCAGAGACGAUGUGCUAUCAAUGAAGAGAGGACCUGUGUAUGCCAGGGGUUGAAUCCUGAUGCCUGUGGGGCAUCUUUCUCCUUUGGCUGCUCUUGGAGCAUGUACUACAAUGGUUGCAAGUUUGCCCGCAGCAAAAUCCCAAGAAAAUUCAAGCUACUAGGAGAUGAUAUGAAAGAAGAAGAGAAACUGGAGCACAACUUUCAAAAUCUAGCAACAUUAUUGGGUCCCUUGUAUAAAACGUUGGCACCUGAAGCUUAUGCAAACCAGGUGGAACAUGAACACAGGGCACCAGAUUGUCGUCUGGGGCUCAAGGAUGGCUGUCCCUUCUCUGGGGUCACUGCUUGUCUUGACUUCUGUGCCCAUGCCCACAGAGACCUCCACAACAUGCAGGGCGGCAGCACUGUGGUGUGUACAUUAACAAGUGAGGAUAACCGAGACAUUGGAAAGAUACCAGAGGAUGAACAGCUCCAUGUACUGCCGCUUUACAAGGCUUCAAACACUGAUGAAUUUGGCAGUGAGGAGGGUCAGCAGGAGAAAGUCAAGUCAGGCGCCAUCCAAGUCCUCAGUGCCUUUCGCCGCCAGGUGCGCAUGCUUGCAGAGCCCGCCAAGUCUUGCCGGCAAAAGAAGCUGGACGCUAAGAAGGCAGCUGCCAACAGGAUGGCCAUGCUGGACAAUGAAAAGGCAGAGAAGGCCCUCCUGGCCAAGGCGAAAGCUGGCACUUAUGAGAACACCGCUCAGAGCAGUCCUAUGGCAGGACCUAUUCAAGGUGCUAUGGGAGCAAUCCUACAGUCAGGUCAGCCAACACACCCUCUGGGGCCCCAUCAUCAGCAACUACAGCAACAACAGCACCAGAGCAUCCUUCCCCCUUAUCCUGGCUCAACAAAUGUAGCCAGCUACCCCAGGUUCCCCAACCACCCGGGGUCUUUUCCAAGCACUUCCAGGCCAGGCACCAUGUAUCCCCCUCAGCCGCCAACACCAACCAGCCCUUACCCCUCCCCGCUCCACGUACCAAACUCUUACAUUAAUGGAUCAAAUCGUCCAUAUCCAGGUUAUCAAUGUAACGGAGGAAUGCCCCUUGACAAUUGUCACCCAUACUAUGCUUCAAACCCAAAGCACCUGGAUAUGUAUCGACAACAGCGGCCAGCACUUUACUCAGAGCAGCAGUACGGUGUACAUCAGCGUUAUGAGGUCAAUUAUCCGCCGAGGUACGCUGAGCCAGGUUUACAGUUGAAUGGUUACAAUGCCUGCAACAUGAGGCCAGUUCACCCCAUGAGACCUUACUCCCCUUAUGGUCCCAAUGGAUCCUCAGACCCCCAGUUUAUGGACCCCCUUUCAAGAGCACCCUCAGCUCAUGAAGGUCUAGACUAUACAGCUGCUGUGAGCAAAGGCAAUCAGUUUGGAGGAUACCCAAAUCCUUACCUAUCUCGGAGCCCUCAAAUCUUCGCCCCGGGCCAAGAUCCUUUCCAUAUGCAAAUCAAGACCGAGAUGGGCAUGCCUCACCCACAAAUGCUUUCUGCUCAGUUAGGCGGUGGGUGUUUUACCCCUGAGUCAGGUUUAGGUCUGCCUAAUGGGAGCCUCAUGGGCUCUGGUAUUAAGCAGGAGCCUGGAACACCGCCGACACCCACAACCCCACAAAAGCCUGAGGUGUGGUCCGACAACGAGCACAACUUCUUGGACCCCGACAUUGGUGGUGUGGCAGUGGCACCAAGCCACGGCUCAGUCCUCAUUGAGUGUGCAAAGCGGGAGCUCCACGCCACGACACCCGUUAAAAACCCAGACCGCACCCACCCAACGCGCAUCUCCUUGGUCUUCUACCAGCACAAAAACAUGAAUGAGGCCAAGCAUGGUUUGGCACUGUGGGAAGCCAAGAUGGCAGAGAAGGCUCGGGAGAAGGAGGAAGAAGCAGAGAGGAAUGGCGGCGAGGGGACACCUAGCAAAGGCAAGAAGGGGGCGAAGCGUGAGCAUCCAGAGUCAGAAUCCACCGGGGAGCCUCCUUACAAGCGCUUUAUCCAGGCACUAAUGGAGGGGUCCUUGUCGUGCACGACAAACACUUAUGUCAAUACAUCUCCGUACGCCUUCACCAAGGUCACAGGGCCUUACAGUCAGUUUGUGUAAGAAGCACUCGUGAAGAAGAAAAUUUAAGGUGCUUUAUUUAUGACAAAGACCACAAGCACCACUGGCCUCUUCUAAACACUCCUUCCUAUCUGUACGGUUAGCAACAACGUAGAAAAAGGAACCUGUGAUCAGAUGAGAUAUAAAUGACCUUUCACAUGAGGUCUUUCACCUCUUUAACAAUCAAGCUUUACCUGUUGACCCUACUGAGGAUGUAUUUAUUUUUGUUCGACAACUUUUGCAAGAUACACACUCAACAUCUCUGGUGCUUUCAGUCUGAAACACAAGGACCUAUUUUUAAUGGAAACAAAUUUUCAUUUUUUUGUGGCUUUAUUUUUCUUACAAAAUUGUACUCUUGGCAUAAAACACUGACUUUGUCAAUGACAACAUUCACGGUGCUAAAGUGUAUGGUCACAACCAUUUAUUUAAAUUCAAAUGCCUUCACUCUAGGACCAUAACUCACUCUACGAGUGACGUCCAAUGAACAGGACUCCGGAAAUAUCAUCCCACGAUCAAAUGAUCAGCAUCAUAAUGGUUUUUGGCAAGUCAGUGGUUCUUAGGGCACUUUUUGAUAAUGCAAGUUAAAUGUUUUGGUGAUACCUUUAAAUCAGAAAAUCGGGUUAUACUUACUACAUUGAGAGUAAUUAAUUUCUAAGCAUCACUGAAAUUAAAUUGAUGAAUUUAUAAACAGUGUGAGCAAUCCAUGAAACCGUUUCAAGUUGAUGCUAAAAGAUGUUUUUGAACUAUCUUUGUGUUGGUGCUUCUUUAGCUUACCUAUGUCAUUUAUACUGUAAAUUGAGCCAUUCUCAUGGUGCAUUUCUAACAUUUUGAGGGGAAAAAACAGUAUGUUUGUGCUAUUUCAGUUUUUUCCAGGUUUACUUUGUUGUCAACGACUGUUUUUAAUGUUCCUCACCGUAGGUUCAUUGAACAAACCUGGACUGUGAAUAUUACAUGUAGUUGUGUGUCUGUGGUGCUUAGGAAAUGUGUUUUUUUAUACACUGAGGAACAUGAAACAGGGUAAGCCCAGUGUCUGUUUCAGAGGGCAGCUGGCUUGAUGUGGGGUCUUUAACUAUUGUAAUCUAACUGUAAGAUAAACAGGUGAGAUUUGUACAGUAAAUUAAUUUCCCUUUUUGGAAUUACUGUUAGAGAUUUUGUGUUGUAAAGAAUGCUAACGGCCUAUUUCAUUGUAUUUCUUUGGGUUUAACUGAUCAUAAGGUGCUAUCCAACCUACAUACGUGUGUGAAACAUACAAUGUGAGACUCUUUGGACAGCAGGAAGGCUUUUAAAUAAUGUACAGUUCAAACCCGUCAUAUACCUCAAAUCUAGUUUGGCAAUAGAAUAAUAACAUAUUUUUCUUUCUUCCUUUGUAUAUUACUUUCAAAAUAACAGUUCAACUUCAGGCCACCAAAAGGCAUAACAGUUCAUUUCUUACUUUCUUGUCAAUCUGCUAGAAAGUAUUACUUGAACUUAAAUCUUUGAUGUUACUGUAAAAUCAGGGACAUUUUCAACUAAUUCUGUGUUCAUUGCCUGUAUUCAUCCGGUAGUUUUUUCAUUCAGGUACUUGCCAUUGCAUCCUGAAUCUGAUUCUUGUCGACUUCACAAAGAGAAAAAAUAUUUUGUGAGGAUAAAAGUACUUUCCUGCAAUUUUUUACUUAUAUUUUAAAGUAAUCUUUUAAAAGUAAUUUGAACAUAUAUGCACUGAGUUGACUAAAGGGAAAGUAUGAUAUUGACUAAGUAAAAAGCAAUGUAUUUGCUUUAGCUAUGAGACAAGACCAGGGGAGUGAUUAACGUAGUUGCACAUCUCUGUGCCUGUGUAUAGUUAAAUUUAUUUAUAACCACUAAGCAAUUGUAUAAUGAUUUUUCUUCCCUGUCUAUUUGAUUUAAUUAACGCGAUAUAUAGUGGAAUGUCAUGUUAUAGUAACAACUUACCCCACUCUUCAACAGAUGCAUUUUCUGAAAGCACUUCAUUUCUUUUUCAGGAAAAAAAAAAUGUAAUAAAGAAUUACAAAACGUUUUAUUUAAAUAGAUUGUAAAUGUGUUUAAAAAAAAUAAUAAAUUAUGUCACAUUGUACAUACCAGGAACCUGCAUUGCAGGAAUACAACUCAUUCUUUGAUGUUGAUGUAGGUUCUUCUUGUUCUGUCAAAUUGACCCACAGCUACCCGAUCAGCGAUACUCAUAUCUUUAAAUAUUCUUUCAGGUUAGCAGAAUGAUCAUGGUUAGAUUAUCCAGGAAGUCUGUAAAUGUAUGCUCACUGUCACAGCAAUGUUUACAGUGAUAGCAUCCUGUUCGCGCAGACAUUAGACGGUCUAGUUUUUUUUUUUUUUAACUGUUCCAACUUUGUAAAAUAAUUCGACAUAAGAAAAUGUCAAAUUUUGUUGUACAGGACCCAGCUACAGUAGCAGGUUGUGGUUGAGAAAGCCAAGGUGUCUAAGAUAUAGCGGGUUAAAAGCAUAGCCAUACUUGCUUCAGAGUGUUUCUGAGUAGAGUCAACAUUACUUGAAUGACUUCCUGGGCUGAACUAGUGUGCUAUAUGUGCUCGGCUCACAGGUUAAGCUGGAAGUUGAUACACACUUGGUCUUUUUGCAGUUAGACACUAAGGGGUAAAAAAAAGUGCAACUUUUUGCCUGUCAUUUUCUUUUUUAAGGCUUCCCUUGUUCUCCUGAAGUUUGGUAUGCUACAAAAAAUGGAAUUAGGGAUGGGUAUUAAUACUGUAAGUAUUGUAAUGUAAUGGAUGCAGUUUAUUUGAAAGCUGUUUAUUAUAUCAUUCCUGAUAAUGCUGAGAUGUGGGUGUUUUUUUAAUAAAAUUUAUAUUUAUUUAAAGCAAUUUGAUUUGUUACUCCAAGUUAAUACUAGUAUCUAAAUCCUUGAGCAUUAUUGUCCACGUGUUAAAGUUUUGAAAUGAGUAAUUACGGACAAAUGUGGAAAGAGGUAAUGCCAUGUUCACACCAUACAUUUUUUUAAUUUACCCAAACAGAAAGAAAUUGUUACAUACAAAUGGCGUUGUGUUUGUGGCUUAAAAGGCAAAUUGGAGCAUAUUGGCAUCACUUUCAGUCUUAUACAAGGAUGGACCUGGGUAUUUGACCCAAAGAUACUGCAGUGCUUAUACAUUAGAAUUUACAAUUUAAUAGAAAGGAGAUCAAUUAUUUUGCAAUUAACCUCAAAAUUAUAAUAAAACAAUCUGAUGUCUACACAUUUGACUGCAUAAUAAACUUAGAUGGCACUUUAUACAGCUGAGAACGAGUCCUUACCAACAAUAAAUCCAGCUGCAUUCAAAGGAUGCAGCUGCUUCAAAAGGUUUUGUUGGCUCCAUGUUGUCUUUAGGGCUUCAGACAAAAUGCCACUUGUCCACUGUGCGAGAGAAUAUUUAGAAUUACAUGAAAAUAUAAGUAUUGAAACACAUAAUACCUCAAAUAAACAAAAUGUAGUGCAGGUUAGUCAAUAUUUACGUACCAUUUGGAGACACAGGAUGUGUGCUGUCGAAUGCAGGAGCCUGGGGUGGCACAUGUUAAAAAGGACAAUUACCAAACCAAACCCGAACACAGUUCUACUUGCUAUUAUUGUGUUUACUAUCAUCAUCAUUGUAAAAACAGCAACAUAUGGAAGUUCUCACCGAUUCCACCACAUCUCUGGCCUCGUCGUCGCUGCAUUUGAAAGGGCUCUCGCAGCAGGAGAUAUUUUUGCUGAUCAAAAAAGCCAAUAGUGUUCAUUGCACUUAUGUACAUCAGAAGGACACUGCAGGAGUUUUCCCUCCACCAACUUACCAUUCAAUCCCUCCGCUAUUUGUCUGCUUCUGCACUAGUGCCCUCCAGUGCUCAUGGGUGGACUUAAUGAUCUCCACUGCAAAGUCCUAUUAAGAGGGCAUCAGAGAAAAACACAUCAUUUGAUUUCUUUAAAACUAAUCCAUUCAGUUUUAGCCACCGGGAAACCCCGAUAGACUCCGACCCCGAGUAAACAAACUGUCGUGUCUUAUCUUUGUAAUGUGUUUGGUGUUACAAAAGUCUCAGUACCUUGUCUUUGAAUUCUCCAUUGAACCCAAAUUGGUUCUCAGGCUUUCCAUCGGGCACCUUGUAUUUCCUAAACCAGUCGACAGUGGCCUCUAAAUGACCAGGCCGGCUCUUACAGACAUCUUCUAUGCCUGAGGAGAACAUAAACACAGCGGAGUAAGAACAGAGGACCAAUCUGCACUAUAAUCGUCUUAGUAUGAAUAAUAUGACUGGUAUGACUCUGCUCCAUUCACACUUGGUAUUUGGAAUAUAUCUUAAUGCAAAAAUAAGAGUAUGAUGAAUAUGUACAUCUUUAUGUAGCAUAGUAAGUGUUUGAAAAAUAUUUAAAAGUAGCAAUGCCCCAUUAAAACAACAUUGGGAGAAGGUUGCAGUUGUAUUGUAAACAAUGCAGCCUUAAAGAUAUUCAGAAACGGCUUUGCAAAAUGCUGUAAGGAGUAAAUAGUAAAAAAAAAAAAAGGCAUCAACAAUUUUUCGGCCUUCAGGAUACACACAAUGUUUUAUAAGAAACGUUGACUGUAAACAAAGCUGCGUUGACAGUAAAAACUCCACAGGGUAUGUUCUAGGUUAGUGUUUUAAAGUCUGAAGUUACUGCCUGAGCUGCUGACCGGAUUUUCAUAUUGAACCUGCAAAUGUUUCUUUUAUUUUAUAUUUUCAAAUUCGAUCACUUGAAUCUCAACCGGGCAGUGCAGGUACAUUAAUACCGUAUUUAUAGUUUGUGGUCGAGGGCACAUCUGACAAAUCCUGGAGAUUGAUUUGGCAGCUCGUCUUCACCUCCAGUGACACUUGUAUCCUAAAAGUGACCGUGU